UAUAAAAUUGAAAGGAGUGCGAAGUUGGCGGUAAAUUUGCCUCCGGUGAGAAUCGAAGUUUAUGCCCUACGCGAAUCCUGCAUGACCGACAGAGUGAUGGCACUGAAUGGACAAUUGACAAGAAUGCUUCUCGUCGCGUGUUUCUUGCUACUUGGAGUUUCGUCAACCCGAGCACACGUGUAUUUCAGCAGCGGAGAUGAGACAAAACCUGGACCACCAGAGUACGGGCCAGGGGGCGAACCCAAGCAAGACGAGCCGGCGUUUGAAGACGGGGAUAACGAGGCCCAGAUCCCGGACUGGAAAGAGCGGCAAUUGCACGCUGGUCUGACCGCUCUGAAGCACAGCUUACAGUCCCGAUACUCAGCGGCCAGCAAGAGGUCUUGGUUACCGGGCACUCAGACUGGAUUGUUUGGUAAGCGCGGCAGCCAUUGGCUGAGCCCGGAGAAGCGGCAACUCUGGGCCAAUCAGCAGUCUGGCCUCUUUGGGAAGCGGGAAGACAGCAGGGACCAAACUCUUCCCAAGUGGACUGUGAAGCGGUCGGCGGAGGAGAGUGAGUUUGGGCGGCAGAGACGUAGAGGUGUACCCCACGUAUUCCAGAGCGGGGGAAUCUUUGGUAAACGAUCUGCUGACGACUGGUAGACGGGGCUCGAACAAACCCGUAUACAUCUACAGGUCGGGGGACACAAACAUCUAGGAAGCUGAGACGUAACUGUGACGACAAACGAAGCCAUAUUUGUAUCAUUCAGGAGCGAGGGGCCAUACAUGUGCUGAUCACGCACAUACGUCAAGAAAUUGCCCAAAGUGCGCACAUACGCGACAUACUCGGAGUUUAAAAAAGACAAAUUUGAAAUUGAAAUUAGAUUAAUCCGAUAAGGAAACGAGAGCCAGUUACUGUAUAAUAUUUACUCAGAGAAUGUUAUUUGUUACAUCCUGUUCGCUUUGCACGAGUGUCAGUCACGAUUCAUAAUAUAUAUUUAGUUGAAGCCAACCGCUCAAACAAAAUGACCUAAAUGGACACGUCUUGGACACAAUACGCAUUUCAUUAUUGCUUGUUGCCUGCGCUACGUAGUUAUUGUUUUCCUGUUAUUUUUGUAUUAAGACAUUUGUCUUAAUCUGUCUUUUAAAGACUUACAGUACUGUAAUACAAUGCCGUAAUAUCUAUUAGAUGAGCUAUUCAAAAAUUUAAAGGAAUAUGGAGAGUGUAAUUUCUAGUAGAGGUGUUUGAAAAGCCACAUCGCAUUGAAUAUUUGGCACACACAUUCUGAUAUACAUGUAGUACAAACUGAGAGGACUAAAUGGCUUUACAUACUUGAUCCAUGCUAGCUGGGCUUUGAGCUAUUUAUCUUAACCCCCCUUUGGUAAUGUGAUCACUCUAGUGCCAUUUCCUUCAAAAUCAAAGCCAAGUUAUAUAUGUGUUGUGUUACGGGGUUUCUAAAAUCUUUCCUCGGGUUGAUUAGUUCCAUCAUGUAUCAUGCAGUCGGUUUAUAAUCAAUCGCCUUAUCAGAUCGUUCAAACGGUCAAACUCACUGGAACAAAUUACAGAUGGAGAAAAAUGUUAAAAACGGGAAGAAAUAGGAAUGUACCUCUAUUGAUACGGUGUCACUCGCCUGAAAUGUGCUCCGUGACGAGGAGAUUGUGGGUUACAUACUAAUAUAAUUGCAUUGAUGGGGCAUACCGUACGCGAUGGUGGAACUCAGAAAUUCAUUCGCUCCAGCGAGCAAACCAAUGCGUAACUGCAUGGAUCUAGUCAAACCGUUUGCGCAGGCACUUCACAACAGUCAGAACACGGAGCGCGUUAUAUAAGUGGCACUGUGAUGCGGUUAUCCACGAAGUUUAUUUGAUUAGUAUUAUUAAAAGGAAAUAGCCCAAGGUUACAUAUUAAGUAAUGUCUACUUUUGACACUUCAAGGAGUUGUUGCACUUGGUGUUACGUGACAUUAUCUUAUCACUUCCCCUCUCAAAGCCACAAAGUUCUUUUUCACAUCCAUGUAUAAUGGAGUAUGUUUAAAAUGUGUGCGCAGAAUCUGCUGAAAGCUGUUGACCAGUACAUGUUACGCAGGAAGACACUUUUAAAGAUGUCAGUCAACCCACACAUCCUUGAAAAGUGUAAACGCCCAGCGUGUACAAAUCAUGUCUCUUGUAUGAACUUUGCAUGAGCAAAGAAAACGUCGACAGAAACGUACUGUGAAAUGUGUCAAAAUUAUGUCAGUUGGAAUAAAUUUGCCUUUAAUGUUCAUCUUAUUGUAAAUAUACUUGUAAUGUUGUCUCCUGUUGUAGAAUUCCUCACUCCAGAUGAAUGUCUCUCUACAGUGAUAGUGACAAGCCCUUUUAGUACAUACUCAUAAAAUCAGCCGAAAGCUGUCAUUCCUCGCCCUUUAGGGGUAGUGACUGACUCAUUUGGUAUCUCUAAAAUUUGGCUUUGUUAAAGCAUGGUGGUAGAAACUGACAACUGGUGUCGGACCUUUCUCUUGCUACUUCACAGUGGUAGAUUUUGGCAACCUAUGCGGUUAAAAUAUAACCGAGUGUCAGUAUUAAAAAAGAUCAAUUCGCAGUUCUAUAAUAAACACUACUAGAUCCGCUCAGGAUUGUAACAAAGCCUGUACCAUCAACCAAUGGUAAAUUUUUGAUAACUCGGCCCACCCACAGAAUCGGGGACAGUAAGAAAAGGGUCAGUGAAAACCCUCGAAAGAAAAGUAUCCCACAAGGUGGAUUUGUUUAAAGGCCUCCAUUCAACUACAUACUUGGUAGGAGUGGAUUAAAAUAAAAUGUCUAUUUGAGUUGUCGUUUCUAAAACAGACGUUUCUCUGAAACGACAUAACUUCCGCUUCGCCCACAUUUUGCUAUUCAAGCAAACUGGUAGUUAUUAAAAUAUCUUAUAAAGAUUAAUAUUAUGUUGUUAUUUUGGUAGGUAAAGACUUCAACUACAAGAGUCUUUCUUGUUUUGUGCUUGCUGAUAGGUGCACAACUAGGGCUUUUUUGCCAUUGCAAAACAAACUUUUUGUCCUGUUUCAACCAUUUUCAUCAAGAUGAUUUUGUUUUGUUGGCGUCCCGAUUUUGCUUUUAAAAUCUACCUGUAAGCCACGCUUGCACACACACGCACACACGCACACUGUGAUGGUAUAACCCUGAACGAGGCCCAUGGAGUUGAAGAGUUUGACAUUUUUUUAUGACGUAAGAUGCAGGUUGUUUCAGUUUUUAACGUUCUGAAAUGUAUGAUUAGAUGGUAUUCCGAGUAGAGAGUCGUAUUCCCUUAAAGGCAACAGUCCCUCAUGGUUGGUACUUGGUCCCGCUCCAGAGCAUUUUUAGGAAACCAAAUAAGCACCAACAACAUGCCUGAGCACUCACCACGAAUAGUGUAGUUUAUUGACUUCAUUCUUACGUGGCUCACAAUUUGCCCCCAACUUAUGACACGUUUUAAUAAAAAGUAUAUUCAAAGGUACAUUCUUAAUAUGUUUAAAGAUAAACUGCUUGUAACGCUUAUUUUAAGAAAACAAUUUUUCCUUAUCUCACGAUUAGUUAGCCUAGAUGUCUGCGUAGUUGUGUACUAGCUUGCAUACAAUUAUAUUUUUCAAAAUGUGACGCUGUUAAAAAAAUCCAAGAGUGUACUGGUCGAAUGAAAAAAUUCUAAUAAAAUAUUACGUCGACAGUUACAUCUGUGAAA